AUCGUGUGAAUUGACUCGAAAAGAUAAAUUGUACAAAAAUAUCGAGACUAUGAGCCAUCGCAAUGGAAUUAAAAAGUUCUCKUUUGUUCCUGAAACAUACAUCAUGCCGAAAGAUUACAAUAGAUUUAUUUCGAACCAAUAUCGACAUCGAGGUUUAUGGAUUGUAAAGCCUUUCGAUUUAUCUCGCGGAAGAGGAAUAACAAUAAUUGAUUAUUCAUUUAAGGACACUCAAUCGGUGUUGAAGGAAAAUGUCGUUGUUGCCAAGUAUAUUGACAAUCCGCUGUUGGUGAAUGGAUAUAAGUGGGAUUUACGUUUGUACGUAUUAGUUACAUCAUUCAAUCCACUCGUUGUAUACCUGUACGAAGAAGGUUUAGUUAGAUUUGCAACUGUUAAAUAUGUAUGUGAUAGAAGUCGAAUUAAUAAUCGACGAAUGCAUCUUUGCAACUAUAGUGUCAACAAAAGCAGUCCAAGCUAUAUUAGGAACUCGGAUCCUGAACGAGAAAAUGUUGGCCAUAAGUGGUCUAUGAGCGCUCUUUUGAACCAUCUUAGAGAAGAGUAUCUAAUUAAUACUGAAACUUUAAUGACUGAGAUUGAAGACAUUGUAAUUAAAACAAUAAUGAGUGCAACUGCACAAAUGUUACCAGCAAUAAAUUGCUUUGUACCUCACAAUCAAAACUGUUUUGAAUUAUACGGGUUUGAUAUUUUGGUGGACGAUAAGUUAAAACCAUGGUUACUUGAAGUUAACCUAUCUCCAUCAUUAGGAAUAGAUUCUGGACUUGAUUCUCGUAUAAAGAGUUCAAUGCUAUGUGAUUUAUUUACUUUAAUUGGAAUACCAAUUGUUGAUCCUACUGUCUUCAAUUUUAACAGAAAUGUUCGAAGACCAAAAUCUGAUAUUCCAAGGAACAGAAAUUCAAAUAUUAAUACUUAUAGUCUUAGUAGUGAUGAAAAACGAUUAUUGAAAAACACAAUUGAUCAAAAUCAAAGGAGCAGAGGGUUCAUACGAAUUUUUCCCACAUACCUAUCAUGGAAAAAAUAUUCCUCUUACCUAGAUAAUAUCAAUGGCAUUCCUAGGGGAUCCACUAUACCACCAUUUUAUGUAAAACUAAUAAGGAAUUAUAAUUAUUUUUUGAAUGAUCAUUUAUUCAGUGAAAACUCUUCGUUUUAUAUGGAUAUUAGUAGACAAGAUCGCUAUGAAAGGUCUUUAAAAGAUUUUAAGCGGAGCAGCUUGAAUGAUAGUAAAGAUGGGGAUCAAACAACUGAUAUGUUAAAGUUAAAAAAAGCAAUUGUAAAAUAUUUAAAUGAUGGAUAUGUAUUCAGGUAA